CACCGUCUGUGGAGGAAAAAAUAGAGUAAACCUCUACACCUCUGGCAAACUGACUAUAGCUGCUGCUCCAGAGACAACAUUUGCCCUGUCAGCUUAUCAUCUCUUAUUUUGUUUGCCUUGUUUCCCUGCUGCCUGGGCCCUGUAAUGUUCCGUCGCCUCCGUGCCCACAUAACGCCAUGCCAGUGCCUGAGAUGGAUGUAAGUCCUGUGAAAUCUUUGCAAUGGGAGGUCUUCCCCCCAAUGGCUACAUGCCGGGUCUACUGCACACCUGUGCUGUGGGGCGGCCGCCUUUAUGUGAUGGGGGGCUGCAGCGAGAAUGGAAUGCCUCUGGACUCCGUAGAGGUCCUGGACUUAGAAAGCCAAAGCUGGUGUCAGCUCCCCCCAUUGCCCACUGCCAGGGCAGGGGCUUCAGCUGUGGCACUGGGGGACCAGCUGGUGGUGAUGGGGGGCAUGGACGCUCAGCAGAACCCACUGGCAUCAGUGGAAGUUUACCACCCUGAUGAGGGCAAGUGGGAGAGGAAGACUGGACUGGGACAGGCAUCAAUGGGCAUAACUGCCUUGGAGAUAGAUGGAAAGGUGUACGCGCUGGGAGGUAUGGGUUCUGACACUAGUCCUCAGGCACUGCUGAGAGUCUAUGAGCCAGUUAAGGAUCAGUGGCUGUCCCUGGCCUCCAUGCCUACUCCACGCUAUGGAGCCUUCUCCUUCCUGCAUGGCAACAAGCUCUAUGUUCUCGGUGGGCGUCAGGGCAAGAUGCCAGUGACGGCGUUUGAGGCCUUUGACUUGGAGAUGAAGAGCUGGACGCGCUACCCAUGCAUCCCGAGCCGCAGGGCCUUCUCCAGCUGCGCCGCCACAGAGCGUGCCUUCUACAGCCUAGGUGGCCUGCAGCAACCUGGCCCUCACAACUUCUACUCUAGACCACACUUCGUCUCCACUGUGGAGGAGUACGACUCUGAACAGGGUGUUUGGCUGAAGCCCACAAGGAGCUCCCGGAUGAGAGAAAAGCGGGCGGACUUCGUGGCUGGCUGUCUCGGUGGAAGGGUGAUUGUUGCCGGGGGGCUGGGUAAUCAGCCUUCGCCGCUGGCCUCAGUAGAGAGUUAUAAUCAUGUGAAGAGGAGGUGGGAGGCUGUGGUUCCGAUGCCCACCCCACGCUGCUCCUGCACCCCUCUACAGACCACAAACAUGCUAUUCCUAAUCGGAGGUGUAUCACAGGGUCCCAGCAAUGCCGUGGAGGCCCUCUGUCUGCAAGAAAGUGUCUGACACACCAACUUGUUCUCUUGCACCUAUGAAGGACCUGUGCUGGACUCUGCAGGAAUAACAGACAUGCAGAUGAAAAUGCAGAGUCCUGCUCCUCCUGAGUCCUCCUCCCAUGCACAGCUGACAGUUCAGUGGAGACAAUCUACAGGAGUCUGGACAGCAACAUGAAUCUCUGGAUGGACUAAAGUCUUUGAAGUCUAAGACAAGCAAGC